GGCUCCGCCGGCCCAUUGGUCCCCUAAAGUUCCACUUUCUCAGAGUUCGCCGCUGGCUGCACCUCUGGCUCCAUUUCCCAACAGCCCUCACUCCUACCGAAUCCGCCUGCCCAUUGGUCUCCUCAACCUCAACAGCGGGACUCAGUUUCCCAGCAUCCCUCACUCCCCUGUCCUUCUCUUACUAGGGGUGGGACUCCCUAUUUCCCUCCACCCCAAGCCCCUGAUUUCUCCAUUCCCUCCCAACUGUAUCCUUUGGGGGAAAUAGCCGAUUCAAGUGGGGGAACGAUUAGAGUUCGGGUCCUUUUUUCUGUGACUGAUCUCUCCCAGGUUAAGGAAAAACUUGGUCCCUACUCUGAAAAUCCUACUAAGUUUGUAGAGGGUUUCAGAGCGAUCUCUCUUCAAUUUGAAUUGUCUUGGGGAGAUACUAAUAUUAUUCUCUCCACCUGUUGUACAAUUGAGGAGAAAAAGAGGAUCGGGUACUUAGCCCAGAAGUUUAGGGAUGAGAUGGCUAUAUCCUCACCUGCCAGAUACUCUUCAGGGGCUAUAGCCGUCCCGAUUGCAGAUCCUGGCUGGAAUUAUCAAAGGGAUGCAGACAGGGACAAGAGGGAUCAUAUGUUACUAUGCCUGGUUGAGGGGAUGAAAAAGGGCUUUAAAAAGCAAGGAAAUUAUGCAGAAUCAGGGAAGUAACCCAGGGAGCUGAUGAGAACCCAGCUCUUUUCCUGGGCGGGUUAGUAGAAGCUGUAAAGCGAUUCACUAACCUGGACCCUCAUUCCCCUGAGGGAGCAGCCAUCCUUGGUGUGCAUUUUAUUAGCCGGUCAGCCCCAGACAUUUGGCGGAAACUUAGGAAACUGGCAAUGGGACCACAAACACCUCAGUCCCAAUUAUUGGAGACGGCUUUUGGAGUCUUUAACAACAGAGACCUAAUUCUGGCAGAGUAAAAAGACUGUAAAUCUAGGGCCAGAAAUAAAGAGCAGGCUCAGCUUAUGGCUGCUGCCAUAAUCGGCAACCCCAAUAGUGCUCCUGGCAUCUUGAAAAUGGGGACACCUGCCUCCGAUGCCACAAGAAGGGUCAUUGGUCCCAUGAGUGCCCUUCCAGGAUUUCUUCCCAGAGGAACCCUCCGGGACCAUGCCCACUCUGCAAACAAGUUGGGCAUUGCAAGAGGGAUUGCCCCCAUGGUGUGAUGUGUGGUCGAGCAGCCUCUUCCCAGUGUCCUGCCCUCCGGUCCUCUCCGGACUUGGAGUGAUGGGGCCCAGGGCCUGGCUUUGCUCCCACCUUCUCCAUCUCGCUGGCUGAGCUCUGGGUGUUCGUCGACGUGGCAGAGCCAUUUGGGUCCAGUGACCAGAUAGAGAUCCAGAGAACUGGAGAUGGCCCAGCUCCCUGAAGGCUACUUAUGGGACAAAGACCUAUCCACCCAUGGUGCUGCUCAACUACUCAGUGCUGAUGGAGCCACAUUGAUCGGUGAUAAGGACAUGAUCCUGGAGAGUUGGGCUGGACACUUCCAUAGCAUUCUCAAGAGACCACGGACAAGCACUGUUGUAGCUACUGGCCAUCUACCUCAGGAGCUGGUGACAUACAAGGAUGUGGCUGUGGACUUCACCCAGGAGCAGUGGAGCUUCUUGGACCAUCCUCAGGAGUUGUACAAGGAGGUCAUGCUGGAGAAUGCCCAGAACCUGCUCUCCCUGGGGCAGCCAGUUGCCAGAGAAGAUUUGAUCUAUUAUUUUGAGGAAAGGGAAGCACCAUGGAUGCUGGAGGUAGAAGGCCGGAGGAGCUGCUGCCGAGGAGCUCACUGAGUGAGGUUCACUGGAAAGGCUUAUUGUGGAAGGAGAGCUGCCACGAGCACCUGUGUCCGCAGCCAUGGUCUGAUGCUGGCAGAGUGUGAAGAUAGAAAGAAACACGGGCCAGGGAUUUAUGGUGGAGAGGAGACUUAUGAAUGUGCUCAGUGAGGACCUGCCUUUCCCUGGAAGAUGCAGGUCACUCAACAUCACAAUAUUUACACUGGAAGGAAUCCUUAUAAAAGCAAUAAUUGUGGGAAGGCCUUCAACUGGAGCUCAUACAUGUGUGUAUAUUGGAGAAAUCAUCUUGGAGAUAAAUCUGAUGGAUUUGAUUAAUGACAGAAGACCUUUGCCUGUAGCACAGAUCUCAUGAGACUUCACAAAUCUCUUAUCUCUCCUUGCUAUUGUCUGGAAUUCUGCAUUCAUUUGGGUAUAUGUUUUCCCUUUUCCUUUCCUUAGCUAUUUCUAAGGCCUCAUUAGACAGCCAUUAUGCUUUCUUGCUCUUCUUUUUCUUUUGAAUAUUUUUUGUUGCUGCCUUCUGUACAUUAUUGCAAACCUCUGUCCACAGUUCUUCAGUCACUCUAUCAGCUCUAAUCCCCUAAAUCUAUUCAUCACUUCCACUUCAUAUCCAUAAGCAAUGCUGUUUAGGGCAUAUCCAAUAAAACCUUAUAUUUACU